AUGGCUCAAGACGGUGCAAGAGUGCCGGCAUGGCGGAAACUGGGUCUCACCCUGAAAAACCAAAAGCAACCCGGAGUCGCCGUACCUGAACAACAAGCACCAGCAAGCGACCCAAAACGUCCUGAUACCUAUGAGAGACCAGACGUUGCCCAACAGCAAUUUCAUGCGCCUAAUGAGCCUGCCAUAAACGGCAAAUCGCCAAAGCUCGGCAAGCGAAAACACCAACAUGAGCCAGCUGAGGAUGUUGCCAAAGAGUCCAAGAAGAGUAGGACUGCUGACGCUGAAAGCGACGUCAACGGAGAGACCACUCAUUUGCCUUCCGCCGAGACUAAACUAGAGAGCGCGAUAGUGGAGGAUAUCACAGAAAGGGCUCCAGCAUCAGGAGGUGCCAUCAAAGGAGACUCCAAUUACCGCAAGAAGAAGGAGAAGCCAGCAAAACGCCGGAGAGACAACCACGGUGCCUCCGAGGGCGGAUCACGUGUUCUCAUUAAGCCUCACCACGUUUCUGCUCUUUCACCUGACGAGCCGGAACGUGCAACUUUGCUUCCAUCCACAGAGUCAAAUUCAAGCGCAGAAACAGCCGGAACCCCGCAAAGACCCAUCAAGUCCAGCCGCAAGGACCCCUCAGGCUCACCACCAACCGAUCGAAGAAAGUGUGUCGCAUUCACCCCGGACACCAAAAAGUCCGACGGCAACACUGGCCAGGACUACUUCAAAGCUUGGGUCGCAGAGCAGAAAGGCGACGGACCCGUUUCGCAACCACCAGAGGUCUCGAAUUUCGUCCUACAUUCGCUCAUCGCCCACGAGGAGAAGACUGCCAGGAAAAACGGGCAACUCGACAAGAAACAGCCAAAGGAAGAUACCGCUAGUCCCAAGCCGACAGAAAACGCAACGAAGGAGAAGCAGCAACCAAAGCCGGUGAUCGAGGAGAAGGCAAUUUCCGCCCCUGCAGAGCCGAAGCCGGCUGUCUCUGCCACACCGAACUCAGCAAAGGGAAAGAAGAAGAAUCCAUCCAUCUACAUCAGCUAUCUUAACCAAUACCACUACGACCGCGCCAACUGGAAGUUCAACAAAGCAAAGCAGAACGACGUGGUGGAUAACGCACUAAAUAUCUUCCGGAUCCCAGAUCAACACUCGGACGCACUAAUUGAGUACGUCGCCGGCCUACAAGGUGCAGGUGUCAUUGAACGUUUGCGUGAGCGGUGUCACGCAACUGUAAAGGACCUCGACGAACAGGACGCCCAAAUGGACGACGCCGAAGCUCGCAAGGUAGCCCAGGAGGAAGCGGAACAAGAACGCAUCUUGAAGGAAUGGAAGCGAAGAGAGACAGAUAGCGACGUUGCAGAGUUGGCCGUGCAUCCACACAGUCCUGGUUUCAUCCGACGACUUCAACGAAAGCGUGCUAUGAAUCUUUUGAACGCACUCAGCCGUGCAGCGCCAGUACUACCAGCCGUCGCUCCUAGAACUUCACUAAAUCCAUUGAUGGAGCAUGUGGAGCCAGCCAAGUCCAUGGCACGCAAACGCAAGCGGAGGACUGAAGUAUCGAGCGACGAGAGCAGUUCUGAUAGCAGUGAUGACAGUUCGGACUCUGACUCUGAAGACAGCGAAGACUCGGACUCGGACACCGACAAAAAACCAUCCGCGAAGACUGACAGCAGCUCCGAGAGCGAGAGCGAAGACGACAGCAGUAGCAGUAGCAGCGAUGACGAUAGCGAAUAGACGUCCCACAUUACAUAUCAGACA